AUGCUUGCAAACACUACAUUAAUUCUGAUCGUUACCAACUUGCUUUUGGGCAUAAUCUUUGCCGUCGGCCAUCAUCUGUUCUAUGCGUCUCUUGAUGGCGAAAUCGUCAGGAGCCCGUCUCAGCAGGAAUGGUAUUUGCGAAUAGGGACUGGCCUUUCAUUCCUCGUGCGCGCCCUUUUAUCCGCCUCUAUCGGAUCGGCAUAUGUUCAGUUGAUAUGGCAUAAUCUCAAAUCGACGACCACAAGUAUAAAGGGUGUUGAUGCGAUACUGGGCGUUCUCCACAACAUUUGGGAUCUUACUGUAUGGGAGCUCUGGAGGACACGACCAAUAGUAAUCGUGGUCGCUUUGGCGAUAUGGGCACUUCCCCUUACUGCAAUUGUCACUCCAGCCACCCUUAUCAUUGAGCCAGCCAGUCAACUGCGAGAAGACAACAUCACCAUGCCUGUACCGAUCCCCGAUUAUUCGUACCCUCUCAAAUAUGCCCAAUUGCAGAUGUCAGAUAAUCUUUAUCAGGCGCCUGCUGCGCGCAUUUUGAGAUUAUUAUUCUCAGUCGCUUCGACAGGGACGAUUCUGGCUCUCCCACCACCGUUUCCAAACUCGACUUAUCCAAUAGAGUUCUACGGGCCUUCCAUCACUUGCGAGGAUCUAGACCGAUCGACGUCCCCGUUGGCUCAGUCACUCGAUCAAAGUUUGACCGAGGAUUAUGGGAUGGCCUCGAUGGGUGGCGUUCAGAUUGAUUAUGUGGGGUUUGUUCCUAAUUGUGACUCGGUCGUCAAUCCAUGCCUUGGAAAUGAUACUGCAAACGCUAUUUGGUCAUUUCGGCAGAUGGCCAACUCUUCCUUCAGCAAUGACCAGAAAAUCAAUUUACGGUCCCUGGAUCAUAUGUCCUCAGACUAUAGCAAGAUCUACGUGGUCGUCCCGGAGCCCACUUCGGACUUUCCCGUACAUUUCAAAACAAUCAAAUGUGGGCUUUACAACUCGUCGUACUUUGGCCAGGUCAACUUCGAAAACGGUCAGCAAAAUUUGAAUUUUCGGAUCGAAAAAAUACAAGGAGUCAGUAUACAGACCAAGUGUUCUAAUUCGCGGGAAAAUCUCUGUCUAUCCGCAGCGCCGUAUAUAGCAAUGUUUGACGCCUUGGCUAAGAUGUUGCUGGGGACGAUUGAAGUUUCACACUACGGCUAUGCAACUCCCUAUCAAACACAGAUCAUGACAUCGGUUCUUGCUCAGAGCCGUGAAUUGCAAUAUCGAGAAGUGAUUAGCCGAACACAGGUACCGCUCACCAUAGCAAACUUAAGCACGGCAGAGGCCCUGGAGCAAGUAUUUACCAAUACAACGUUGAGCUUGCUUAGCGAUUCAUACUUUUUGUAA